AUGCCUGAAUACCAGGUUCUGGCUCUUCCUCUGAUGUCGGCAGAAGUGCCCAAGUGCUCAAUUGAGGAAUACUUAAUGUUCUUUAGGCAUUGCACAAAAAGGUCAGCAGCUCAAUGGCAGCUUGGAUACCGUUUAUUCGAGAAGGAGCCAGAAGAGGACUCUGCCAUAACAGACUUUAGGAAGAAAUUCCUAAGUGUUACCUCGCCAAGAGAUCUGCCCCAUAGAGGAGGCAAGCCUCCGAAUUAUCAUUUGGGGGCAGAAGUCUAUCAUCCAAACUUCUGUGCAAGGCAGCUUGGCUGCCCUCAGCUCAUUCCGCUUAAAUCAUACAGAAGCUGCAAUUGGGCUUCUUCCUGGAAGGAUACAGAUGACCUGGAGGUGCAUAAAGACUCCAAGUGCGCAGUAAAUAAGAUCAACAACAGUUCAGAUGCCCUCUAUCCUUCAUGGGAACCGAAUUCCUGUAGUUCUGCCGAGUUUGACGCUUGGUGGAAGGCUAGAUUCCAAGAUCUGUCUGCAGAGGCGGACGCUAAGAAGUCCAUGAUCCAGACCAUUAAAGACAUUAAUGCACAAAUCAUAGAAGAUCCCUCUUUGACAGAGAACAUAGGUGGGCAGUCUGCCCAUGCUGGAGAAGUGAUUGUCACUUAUGUCAUUGCUGCCGGGGAUUUGGAGCUUCCCUCUAUAGAUGAAGAGGACGAAACUCAGGCAAAACAAACUCCUGUUGAGGCUACUCCUUUUGCCAGAAGGAAAAGAAAAGGAAUUGCUCCUCCCCCAACAAUACUGCGCAGCCUAACAUCUUUGGUAACUGAAAGUCCCCCUCCUCCUCUUACUAAGUCAAAAGGACUUAGAAAGAGGAUUGAAGUGGAGUGUGUGGCUACAGAAGAGCCUGCAGGGGUUCCCACAACCACUUCUGGUACAGAUGAAGAACUUGGGGAGGCUUUUGAAGAAGUGGAACAGGAGAAAGAGCUAGAAGAGCUAGAAGAAGAGGAGAUUCCUGCUGAGGUAAUAGCAGAUAGCAUUGCCUUGGCGCAGAAGCAUCACGAGAGCACAAGGGCAGAGCUGACUAGUUCAGAGUUGGCCCUCUUUGAAGAUGCAGAGGCAGAGCACUCUACUGCCAUUCCAACAACUGAGGAACAAGCGGAGCAGUCUGCAUCGGAGCCUGUGGAACAGGUAGAAUUACCUAUUGCGGUCCCAGAAGCUGAAGUGGAAACAGCUGUUGCUAUUCCUGCGGUUGUGGUAGGAGUGCCUAGAUCUAUUGGUGCCCUGGCAGUGGUGACCAGCCCACUGAAGCCCCCAAUUGUUACUAUGCCUAUUCAUUCCCUUCUAGGUGCAUCUACCACGGCCUCCUUUGUUGAUCCAGAAAUGGAAGAGUUUGAAGCCAUGGACCUAGAUGCCUAG